GUGCGCAAUGGGCACAUCAAGCGGAUCACCGACAAUGACAUCCAGUCGCUGGUGCUGGAGAUCGAAGGAACCAACGUCAGUACCACGUACAUCACGUGCCCUGCUGACCCAAAGAAGACCCUUGGCAUCAAACUACCUUUCCUAGUGAUGAUCAUCAAAAACCUGAAGAAGUACUUCACCUUUGAAGUGCAGGUGCUGGAUGAUAAGAACGUUCGGCGGCGUUUCCGGGCGAGUAACUACCAGAGCACGACGCGGGUGAAGCCCUUCAUCUGCACCAUGCCCAUGCGGCUGGACGACGGCUGGAACCAGAUCCAGUUCAACCUCUCGGACUUCACGCGCCGGGCCUACGGGACAAACUACAUCGAGACCCUGAGAGUUCAGAUCCAUGCCAACUGCCGCAUCCGGCGGGUGUACUUCUCAGACCGGCUCUACUCCGAGGAUGAGCUCCCGGCCGAGUUCAAGCUGUAUCUGCCUGUCCAGAACAAGGCCAAGCAAUAACACCAUGUUGGGAGGAGAUGCGAGAAACGUUUGCGGUCAGUAGGAAAACAAAAGCAGGUGGAAGAGACGGCCCUGCUGAGACCAAACUUUAGAUCAGCUCACCUUGCCUAGGGUAACUUUGAUUCAUCUGAUAUCCCUCUUCUGGACAGGACACAAUGAACCAUGUAACAGAGCUGGGACUAUGUUGCUGGGGUGCAAGUUCUACAGAGUCAGAGUUUUCCUAGCUGUUCCUAAAGUGCUGAGCCUAAACAUUGCAGGUGGCCUAGUACCUGAUCUUGUGUUGCAC